AGCUCUCACUCUGGUCAGUCUUCCCACUAUGGCACAGGCAACUCAGGGUCAAGCCAGUCUUCUCACCAUAGGAGACACAGCUCUGGCUCAGGACAGCCUUCUGGUUUAGGUCAGUAUGGCUCUACAUCAGGACAGGCUUCUGGCUCCAGCAGGCAAGGAUCUGGACAAGGUCAGUCAUCUAGUACCGGACAAUAUGGUGCUUCAUCAGGACAGUCUUCAGGCUGUGGCUCAGGUCAGUCCACUAGCUAUGGACAACAAGGGUCAUCAGGAACAUGUCAGUCAUCUAGUCACAGGCCAGGCCGGUCUAGCUCAUCGGAGUCUUUUGGCUCCCAACAGUAUGGGUCUGGCUCAAGAGGAGCUUCUGGCUUCAGUCAACAUGGAUCUGGGCAAAGCCAGUCUUCUUGUGGCGGGCAGCAUGGUUCUUUCUCUGGACAGUCAGCAGGCUCUAGUCAACAUGGAUCUUGUUGUGGUCAGUCCUCUAGCUAUGGUCAGCAGGAAUCUCGCUCAGGUCAGUCUCCCAGCUUUGGCCAGCAGAGCUCUCACUCUGGUCAGUCUUCCCACUAUGGCACAGGCAACUCAGGGUCAAGCCAGUCUUCUCACCAUAGGAGACACAGCUCUGGCUCAGGACAGCCUUCUGGUUUAGGUCAGUAUGGCUCUACAUCAGGACAGGCUUCUGGCUCCAGCAGGCAAGGAUCUGGACAAGGUCAGUCAUCUAGUACCGGACAAUAUGGUGCUUCAUCAGGACAGUCUUCAGGCUGUGGCUCAGGUCAGUCCACUAGCUAUGGACAACAAGGGUCAUCAGGAACAUAUCAGUCAUCUAGUCACAGGCCAGGCCGGUCUAGCUCAUCGGAGUCUUUUGGCUCCCAACAGUAUGGGUCUGGCUCAAGAGGAGCUUCUGGCUUCAGUCAACAUGGAUCUGGGCAAAGCCAGUCUUCUUGUGGCGGGCAGCAUGGUUCUUUCUCUGGACAGUCAGCAGGCUCUAGUCAACAUGGAUCUUGUUGUGGUCAGUCCUCUAGCUAUGGUCAGCAGGAAUCUCGCUCAGGUCAGUCUCCCAGCUUUGGCCAGCAGAGCUCUCACUCUGGUCAGUCUUCCCACUAUGGCACAGGCAACUCAGGGUCAAGCCCAUCUUCUAGCCACAGGAGAAGCAGGUCUACAUCACGGGAGUCUUCUGGCUCCCAACGGUAUGGGUCUGGCUCCAGAGGAGCUUCUGGCUUUAGUCAACAUGAAUCUGGGCAAAGCCAGUCUUCUCGUGGUGGCCAGCAUGGUUCUUUCUCUGGGCAGUCAACACAUAGUCAUCAGCAUGGGUCUGGCUCCAGCCAGUCCUCUAGCUAUGGUCAGCAGGAAUCUCGCUCAG